AUGCAUAUUUUUUCCGCCGUCGGGCAAGCAACUCGAGAGUCACGCAAGAAGUGGUUAGAGGCUGCUCAAGCUGUAGCAGGAAGGAGUCCAGAGGAAGAAACCGACAGGCCACCAAAGCCAUUGCGCUUUGUUGUUGACGGAAGUGAAAUACAUCUCUCGACAUCUCCUGCAAUUCCUGGCCAUUCCAAUGUUCAGUACAAAGGCUUGGUUGAGGGGUCAGCCGUGCGCGGGCGAAGCGUAUUGGAAAUUUGGAAACAGCAGCUACAGCAGCAGCUCGGCGGCGAGCAGCAGUUGCUGCACGACCUGCUGAAAGAAACACGAACGUCUGCACUGCAACGCCUCGCUGAAGCCGCCGCGGCUGCUGGCGCAAACGCCGUUGUGAGUGUGCGACUGGUAGAAGAAUGCGAAACUCGGAUUCGCCCGACCUUGGAUGAUGCUGAUUUCCUCAUAUGA